AUGGAGGCCUCGGACGGCGGCGGCGGCGCGGCGGGCACGUCCGAGCGCGACGCCUCCUCCGCCGGCGACGCGAGCGGCGUCCUCUCGUCCGCGCGCCCCGCGCGCGUCGGCGCGAUGGUGGACGCGUCCGCGGCGUCCGCGAGAGCGAUGCCGCCGCCCGCGCCGAGGCCCGCGCGGAAGCGCGCGGAGGUCCUCGACGAGGACGAGUGGACGGCGAGGCUGGAGGGGAUCAUCACGCGCGACUACUUCCCGGACAUCCCGAAGCUGAAGGACAAGCUCGAGUGGCUCGAGGCGACGCGCAGCGGCGAUCCCGCGCGCGUCCGCGCGGCGCAGGCGAACAUUCAACGCCGGCAGCGCGAACGCCUCGGCACGCCCGGCGGCGCGCUGAGCACGCCGUCGUUGGGGGGCAGCGGCGGGACCGGGUCGACGCCGAGCCCGAUGAUUCGCGGCGGCGCCGCGCGCGCGACGGGGCUUCGUUCGGAGCCCGCGACGCCGAGAUCGAUGGGCGGGAGCGAGUGGGGCGACGACGACGACGACGACGACCGCGACCACGACCGCGACCACGACGACCGCGCGCGCGGCGCCGUCGGCGACCGCGACGCGACGGCGGCGACGACGACGGCGAACGCAGACUCGAAGCUCAGCCUGGACGGGUUCCUGAACAAGUACACCUCGGAAGACAACGCGUCGUUCGCGGAGGCGCUGGAGCGCGCGAACGCGGCGAAGCGCGCGCGAUACGCGUGGCAGCAACAGGAGACGCACGACGAAGAACAAAAACAAACGCGGUCCUCGUCGGCGUCGGCGGACGUCAAGGCGCUCCCGUCCGCGUCGACGACCGUCACGGACGGGUCCGGCACCGAGGACGGCGUCGACCGCGCGCUGACGUUCCACCCGUUCAGAGCGAAGAACGAUCUGUACUACGUCAACGACGGCGUCGCGUUGAGCGUCGCGGAGGCGUCGCGACGCGCGCAAGGGCCGCCGAAGGAGACGGUGGCCAGGAACACGAGGUUCGUGAUGCAGCCGCGCGCGCCCGCGCCGACGCCGACGCCGACGCGCGGCGCGAUCGUCGACCCCGGCGCGCGCGUCGCGAUGGAGACCGCGGCCGCGGGGGGCGGACGCGUUCGCGACGCGCGCGGGUACGAGAUCGUGCGGACGCCGGACGUCGCGCCGGACCCGGAGGAGCUCGCCUUCACGUGGGGCGAGAUCGCGUCGACGCCAAUAUUGUUAGACGCGGAGGAGACGCCGGUGGACAUCGGCGGAUGGGGCGGGGUAGGGGGGACGCCCGGGUCGAGGUUUAAGGUGAAUCGCACGCCGGCGCGGGACGAGGUGUUGAGGGGGUUGACGCACGGCGGCGGCGGCUUCGGACGCGCGGGGAAGGCGUCGCCCUCCCCCGCGCGAAACCCCGGGGGGAACCGAACGCCCGCGCUCGGCGGCGGGUUCGACGCCGCGCUGCGCGGGUCGUACUCGGGACGAAUUCAGACGCCGUCUCGGAGGACGCCGGGAGGGGGGUCGGGAAGGGCGACGCCGGUCGUGGGGGGGACGCCGGUCCGAGGGACGCCGUCGAGACUUCGCGACGGCGGCGCGAGGCAGACGAGGAAUAGCCUCACGGACGAUUUGCUCGACGUGUGA